AUGUCGCUGGGCGUUCUGGUCCUUCAGAAUUCGCUGCUAGUGGUGGUCAUGCACCAAUGUCGAAACACACCUACUGGAGCACGACCGAGAUACCUGGCAUCGACGGCGGUGCUGGUCGUUGAAGUCGUCAAACUGCUGGCCAGUUUGGCGGUUGCCGCCCGCGACACAUAUAGCUCGCGCCCAGGCGGUUCGGUUUCCGAGGUCGUCGGUGCCCUGUAUCACAGCAUCUUCGCACCGGACCGCUGGAGGCUCGUUAUCCCGGCCGUUCUCUUUGUCGGCGUGCUGUGGCAGGACGGCGCAGCCAUCAAAAGGGGAGGGUUUUUCGCGGGCUACGAUCCCCUCGUGUGGCUCACCAUUGGCCUGCAAGCGUUCGGUGGUCUUACCGUGGCUGUCUGUAUCGCGUACGCAGACAACGUGGCCAAGAACUUCGCCGCCAGCUUGAGCAUCGUCAUUCUGUAUCCUUUUGCCGUUCAACGAGGAUUGUAA